AUGGAUAUAGGUAUGGGACUCAAUAAUUCUGGUGGCUCAGAUUCACCAGAUAGUUCCAGCAAUAGUGGCAAGAAGGGUGGAAAGAAGCCGGUGCAUCGAAGUGGUAUCAAAUCUAAGAAACAUGGUGAGGAGAAGCCGCAGGCGGAUAAUAGUGGAAGAGCAAGCAGAGGUGGAUUCCAUGGACAUAAUCAUAGGCAGCACAAGAAUCAACAGAAGUACAAGAACCAAAAUGGUAGCAACAGCUCUGCAUUAGGCUACGACUUGGAUUUCUCAAUCCAAGAGGAACUUAAUAGCGGUAACUAUAAAUUCAGAGGUGGUAAAGCUCAAGUGUCUAUAAAUCAUCUACUGCAGUUUCAGCUACCUGAGAUUGAAAGGGACAGAUUAGGGGAUAGUAGGGAACUCGCAAGACGUAGAAACAAAUCAGAUAACGCCAUUCAUCUUACUGGUGAUUCUUUCAUCAAUGCUAAUUAUCGCCUGCUAGUUGAUGACAGAUUUGAGUAUAAGGAGCAAGGAAAUCACCCUGACGUUCCUAUUCCACAGGAAAAUAUUGUUAGAGUCAUUGUACCCAGGGGCCAAAAAUGCCCAAUAUGCCUAGAGGAGCCUGUGGCCCCUCAAAUGGUCGCUUGUGGUCACAUUUUUUGUUACAGUUGCCUCAUAAACUUCUUCUCGAUAGAAGAAGUCACGAAGGAUACUACUAAUGAAUAUAGCAGGAGGCGAAAACUCAAGGAGUGCCCACUAUGUGGAAACAUCAUCCGCCAGAAUAAAAUAAAGUCGGUUAUAUUCGAAGAAGACAUUCCCAAUGAAGCACCACAACCGAAUUCUAGAAUAAAGUUGUCGUUAAUGUGCAAACCGCAUGAUUCCAUUCUUCCGUUACCAGUUGAAUUGGAAAUCGAUCCUUCUCGCACCGGUAAUUUUCCGCCUGCUGAAUUUGACUCGCUAUCUAAAUACGCCCAUAUCAUGAAGUGCAAUCCAGAAAAAACAAUUGAAAUGUUACGGAAAGACAUAGAUGAUAUCAAUACACAAUAUGAAAUUGAUAGAAUUCUCUACAGCGAUAAUGGUAAAUUUUACAAGUUGGCAGUAAAAGAGUUGGAAUCCCGAAUUAAGUCUAUAUCUGAGCAACAAGUAUCUCAACCUGACAUUGCUCGGUCUUUAUCAAAUGUUAAUCUGGGUUGUAACUUAAGAGAAAAGUACAACGAUAACUCUGCAUUUUUCUUCUAUCAAACAGCAUUUCAAUCUUCAACGAAAUUUUUCCUUUCACCAUUGGAUGUGAAAAUUCUGCUGAAUGCAUAUCAUCAGUAUUGUUGUUUUCCCGAAGAGCUCUCAAUGGUAGCAGAGAAUAUCCAUUAUGGCACGUCAGUGACGGAGGAUCUCCUGUCAAGAUAUAAAUAUUUCGGUCAUUUACCUCUAGGGACAGAAAUAGCUUUCAUCGACUUAGACUGGCGCGAUAACAUGAUAAUUCCGAAAGCAGUUGAACAACAGUUCAUUGGCGAACUGAAAAAGCGUCGCAAGAAAUUGCAUUUAAAGAAGCAGAAAGAGGACAAAGAGAAAGCAAUGUACCAAAUGAAAAUUGAAAAAGAACAUGAGGAAUUCUAUAGACGUGAAAAUGGGGAUAAUCCGCUAGUACCUGAAUUUAUGGAAUAUGGGAACCAUCAAAUUUCUUUGGAAGCAUUGUCCCCGAAACAACGUGAAGCUACGACCAAUGAAGGCUCUGGACUCAAAAAAGGCUAUGUAGAAAGAACUAUAUGGGGUACAUCCAUUUCGUUGCAGCAGGAUAAGCAGACCUCGCAAGAAAAUCAAGAGUUUGAAGCAAUGUUGCUACAGAGAAUGCAGGAAUCAGAAAGCUCUAAUUCUAGGUCAUCGGGCCAAAAAGGGAAAAAGAAUAAAAAAAACAAGGGCAAAGUAAUGCUCCUCAGUAAUACACAUCAAACAUAUUAG